AUGGCAAUGGAUAAGCUGCUUAUAAUUUCUGGACUUGUGCUUAUAGAGUAUGCGUUAACAUGUGGAGCAACGCAGUAUGUGGUGGGUGAUAACUCCGGCUGGGAUAUUAGUACUGAUCUUGAUACCUGGGCAAAGGACAAGAGGUUCACUGUUGGUGAUGAUUUACUAUUUCAAUAUUCAUCGUCUCACUCGGUGAGCGAAGUGACGAAACAAAAUUACAAGGGGUGCAACACGACCAAUGUACUACAAUCGGGUAGUAAUGGGAACACAUCGUUUGCUUUGUCAAGUCCAGGAGACAGAUACUUUAUUUGUGGAAACAGGCUACAUUGCUACGCAGGAAUGAAGAUUCAUGUAAACGUAGAAAAAGAUGAGGGUGCAGGAUCACCGAUUGAGGCACCCAAGGCACGGCCAGGCACAACUCUUCCACCUCCGUCUUCUAAGAGCAACAAACCUGAUAUUCCGAGCUCAGCAUUUUCCAACCACGUCGGAAUAGAUUCCAUGUUCUUGGAUUCAAGCCUUUUUGGCAAGUGUAUGGAUUGUCUUUUGAAUUACACAAAGAAAUGGUAUGGGGAUCAAAAAGCUAUCUCUAUCCUCCUAACCAAAGCACAACAAGAUGGAAUGGUGAACCUGAAAGGUGAGCUAGAGAUUGAUACCCAGAAAGCUGAACCUGAAAGCAACGAAAUCACGGAUCUGGUCCCGGAAAAGGCAUUCAAUAGUGGAAAAGAUGACGCAUCCAGAAAUGGACUUCUCAGGGUUUAA